CUUUACGAAAAUGGCACUUUCAUUAAACAAGUAUCGUCUUCUCCCACCAAAAAAUUUACCUCCCUUACACAAAACAUUUGAUCUAGGACAUCCGGAUUUUUAUCCAACUUUAUUGGAUAAACCCGAAGAUCAAAUGACAGAAGAAAAUGUAAAGAAAGGAUACGCCUACACUCCGAUUUUUGAAGAUGAGACUGGAUCAUUCAAAAAAGAAUUCAAAAAUGUUAAAUCAAAGGAAAAUACAUUCAAACCUUUAAAAACUGAAUGGAUGCCUCAUGACAAUAAGGAAAAAUGGUUAAGAGAUCUUGCCAAUAAUGUACCUUUGAAAAAAUUAAGUAAAAUUAUUCCUAACACCAUGGAUGGUAUGAAUUUAUUGGAAGAUAUUGUCAAGUAUAAGGUACCAUUAGCUCGUGCAACAUGGCUUACAAAAAUUGUUUUGAUAAACUCAUUUCCGAAGGCUCAUAAAUCAGACCAUCCAGUAGAUUACACUAAAGUUUUUAAUGACUUUCUUCUUGUACAAGCUAAUGAUUAUGAUUCUGAAAGAUGGAGAUAUUG